AUGGCGGAAGCCAUCACCACAGUCCUAACGACUAACACUACCUACGGCAAUCAGGCAAGCUGGGGCAUCCUUGGAUAUUAUCAGACCGGCAGCAGAGUCGGUUCAGUUGAGUGCCAGUCUGGGAGCAUAUACAUCACAAACACCGACACCACCGGCUUAGGCGCGUGCUGCCACACCACAGCAACACGAUGUGCGUUUGGCGUUUCCUGUGAUGGAUCUACGAUUUUCUGGGCAGAUGGUUCUAGUAGCUCUAGAUGUUCGGAGACAUGUCGUGGAAGAACCGUCGUUGGCAGCGCGACCGACUCCGGGCCCUGGACUGCAUCGUCGUAUGUAUGUAUGGAGGAGGACGAUUACAGGACGGAUCUUAGUUGGACUCUCGAAGUGCCCGUAACAACGACAAUAACAGGAUCAGCGUCCUACAUUUCCUCCGUGAAAGACGCCGAGACCUCCACUGCUACGCCUGCGCCUCCGCCAUCAACUGUGGCCUCUGCAACGGCUCCUCCAGACUCCGGAAACGAACACGACGGGGGGAAGGGACAGAAUGUCGGGGCAAUCGCAGGAGGGGUGGUGGGAGGCGUGGCCGGUCUGACACUGAUCCUGGCGGCAUUGUGGUUCUAUAUGAGGCGGAGGAAGCAGAAGGAGGCAGAGAUGAGGGAGCUUGGAGCUGGUUAUGUGCCCCCGGCGCCGAAUAAAUGA